AUGGAUACCUGCGCCGUGCAGCUGCAGGCAGGGAGGCUUUGCCACGGGGAAGGCCUGCCAGCAUCCCAGACUCGAGGAUGUGGCCUGACCCUUCCCGCGAAUCGUCUGUCUCAGGCGCCCCGGCCCACGCCGCAGGAUCGGGUGGAAACCCAGGCUGAGCCGGCGUCUCCCUGCCGCCGCUUGCAGAUGGCAGCUAACGACAGCUUCAGCGUGACCUACCCCGGCAACCCCCAGCCCGGGGACCUGAUCGAGAUCUUCCGGCCGGCCUACCAGCACUGGGCGCUGUACCUGGGCGACGGGUACGUCAUCAACGUGGCGCCCGUAGACGAGGGGGCCGCGGCCUCGCUGGCCAGCGCCAAGUCGGUGUUCAGCCGCAAGGCGCUGGUGAAGAUGCAGCUGCUGAAGGACGUGGUGGGCAGCGACACGUACAAGAUCAACAACAAGUACGACGACGCCUACACGCCGCUGCCCGUGGAGGAGAUCAUCCGGCGCGCCGAGUUCCUCAUCGGCCAGGAGGUCUCCUACGACCUGCUGGGCAACAACUGCGAGCACUUCGUCACGCUGCUGCGCUACGGCGAGGGCGUCUCCGAGCAGGCCAACCGAGCCAUUGGGGCCAUUGGGUUCGUAACCGCUGCUGCCGGCGCUUUCUCCUUGCUGGGCUUCUUUCAGAACAAGUCCCGAGAGCGGCACUGUUAAUCGCGUGCCAAGGUGCACGUCUGGCACAGACGGUGGAGGCCAGCUUGCCUGGGGCAGCACAGACCGUCAGACACCAGGAGCCCUGGCUGGAGUAUGCGUCGGGUCGAUCGGGCGCGAUGGUGUUCCUGCGCAUUGUGGCGCACUAACGAGCGACAGCUUCACGCUGGCGGGCACGGCUUUGCUGGGCACUGAACUGGGAAAGGAGCCUGCUGUGUGCUGGCUGCUGACGGGGCUUGUCCAGACUCCGCUCUCCUGGGGCUUUUCAGUGAAUAGCUUUUUUUUUACUUGUUUGGAAAACCGUUUUUACACAUUUUUAGAGGAAUAUUUAUGAACUGUGAUAACCUUCCCCUCCACUGCCUGACGGACUCUACACACGGCCGGUCACGCUGGCUUGCAGCUGUCCUCGUGUAGGUGCAGGGGACGUGUGCUGCACCUCGGAGCUGCUGCCGUGUCGAGCCCGGAGCUGCGUGACACGGGGAGGAGGAGCGAGGCCUGACUCUCGCGCUCACUCCUAUGUUUGUGAGCGGGUGUCUUGCUCUGAGAAAAGGAUUUCCUCCCCCUGCCCGGGCAGCCGUUUCUCUGUGCUGCUCCUUGGAGCUGUCAGGAGCGGGGCUCAUCCUCGGACCAGCUGGGAGAGGUGGAGCCGGAGAGCCAACCCCAUCAAGGAGCACACGGCAUCUCCUCGGCAGAGCCUUGCUCAGAAUUUGCAGGACCUCGCCACAGGUUCAAUUAAAGCUGGAGAGGAACCAGCUAUAAAGUUGUUACACAUUUUCAAGUGUACAGGCAGGCCUGAAUCGGGAGCUCCCAUCAUCUGUGAUUUCAGCAUCCGAAUACCAAGUCCGGGACCCCUGGCUGUGUCUCGUAGCGCAGCCACGUCUGCUGUUCUGCUAUCAUGUUAAACUAAAGCUGAAUACAAUGGAAAACAACA